GGGUGAGAUCGAGAGAGACAGGGAGAAAGGAAGAGAGAGAUAGACAUGCACAGAGGAGGAGAGAGAGGAGGAGGGAGAGGAGGGGGAGGCUCCUGAUACCAAGACACGGAAAAGCAGGGGAGGGAAAGAGCGAAAGAACAAGGGGCUGGUGGAGGAAGAGGAGAGGGGAGUUGGAGAAAUCGGGGAAUAACACUUAACAAAAAGCGCACAGAGAAGAGGAGGGACGGCACCCGGCGCGUUGGACAUCCCCAGCUUUCUUCCCUCAGGCUGUCAGAGCAGAUUGGACUCCGAAGGACCGACACGGCGGCCACCCCAGACCCCAUGGGGUAACAGAUGUUUUGAGGAGAGGCUUUUGUUCAGCUACACAGAUGAACAACAGGAAGGAGGACAUGGAGAUCUCAUCUCACUACCGUCAGCUCCUCAGAGAGCUCAAUGAACAGAGGCAGCAUGGCAUCCUCUGUGAUGCCUGUGUCAUCGUGGAUGGAAAGAUCUUCAAGGCCCAUAAGAACGUCCUUCUGGGCUCCUCACGCUACUUCAAGACUCUUUACUGCCAGGUUAAAAAAGGAGCCGAGCCUCCCCAUCAGACUACUGUUACGCACCUCGAUAUUGUGACGGCGACCGGCUUCAAAGCCAUCUUGGAUUUCAUGUACUCAGCGCACCUUGCCCUUACCAGUAAGAACGUGAUCGAGGUCAUGUCGGCCGCCAGCUACCUGCAGAUGACGGACAUUGUCCAGGCCUGCCACAGCUUCAUCAAGGCUGCUCUUGACAUCAGCAUCCGCUCGGAGAUGGCCGAUGAGCUGGCUGACUUUGAAAUGGGAGCUGUUGCCGCAGGUUUAGGAGGAGGAGGUGGAGUCUCCGGGAAUGGAGGAGGGGUCAGUUUAGCUGGAGCCGGGGGUGUUCCAGGAGCUAGUUUGGGACGAGGGGGUGGGAUAGUAGGUAUAGCCUCUGAAGCUUUGGCGUCCAUCAUUUCUGGUCGCAGCACCUCUCCCUGGCUGGCACGCCGAACUAGUCCAGCCAACUCCUCCGGAGAUUCAGCCAUUGCCAGCUGCCAUGAGGGGGGCAGCACGUAUGGGAAGGAGGACCAAGAACCCCCUAAGAGCCAUGAGAGCCAGGAGGAAGCAUGCCAUGACUCUCAACCCGCCUGGCCUCAUGACUAUAGGCCGGUCAAUGUCAAAGAAGAACAGGUUUCCCCUGCCUCCUCUUCUCAUCCAAGGGACACUCCCAAGGGGUCAACCCAAAGCCAAGUAGAACACGGGGCAGGGGGAGCUGGUGGUGGAGGUGCCGAGGGGCCCUGGCAGCCCCUAUCGGGGUCCGGGCGGAGGAAGAACCGGAAGAACAAGGACACAGUCAGACAUAUCACCCAGCAGUCUGAAAGAACCUGGGAUCGGCAGAGGGACAGGGACAGAGACAGAGACAGUAGGCCUGGAUCGCCUCUGCCCUCCAUGCUAGCUGUCACUGGUUGGAACUACAACGGCCAGGACAUCCCAGGGGCAGACGUGACCGAACCCAACAGCUCAGACAGCCGCGGCGAGCGCCUCGAUUUCUUCCUCAAGCAGGAAGAGACUCUCGCCACAGAGUCGAGCUUCCUGGGCGCCAACGAAUCGGAGGAGCCAAGCGGAGGGGCGGGAGGCGGAGCCAUCUCAUCCGUAGCCAAUCUGAAGGCAGCGCUGAUGAGUAAGAACAGCCUGCUGUCGCUGCGGGCUGAGAUGAUGGGAGAUGAUAACCCCUUGCUGUAUGAGUACCUGCCCAAAGGAGGACACUCCCUGUCCUGGCUCCGCUCCAACAACUACUGCAGCGCACUCCGGCCAGGGGCCACGGGGGCCGCUGUUCAUAACAAACAGGGCGCUGGUUCCUCUCCUCCUCUUCCUCUUCUUCCUCCUCAUCUACCACCAUCACCACCACCUCCACCACCACCACCACCACCCCAUCUGCCAUCAUCAACAUCAGCAUACUGCCCACCCUCUCCGCCCACACCACUGCACCUAGCCGAGCCUCGGCCCCUGGAGGCCCCUGGGCUGCGGGCCGGGGCGACACCGCUGCACUCAGAAGGACUGGACAUGGAAGUAGAAGAGGCUCCCGAGGGCGCAGAGCCCUCCGCCUUGCCGGAGGGGAGCAUAAAGGAGAGAGAAGACAUGAAAGACUGCAGCACAGCUUUGGAAGAUGACCAGUCCCCUGUCGAGAGGGAUCAGAUGGGCGAGGGGAGUUGUGCCGGUGGCUCGUCAGUGCCUGCGUCAGUGUCCGUACCUGGCACGGGAUCUAAAGGGCCGCUCGCGCUGGUGAACGACUUCACAGUGAUCCGUAAAAAGUUCAAGUGCCCAUACUGCAGUUUCUCUGCUAUGCACCAGUGCAUCCUUAAGAGGCACAUGCGAUCCCACACCGGUGAGAGGCCAUACCCAUGUGAAAUUUGCGGCAAGAAGUUCACCAGACGGGAACACAUGAAGAGGCACACGCUGGUCCACAGCAAGGACAAGAAGUACGUGUGCAAGGUGUGCAGCCGGGUCUUCAUGUCCGCUGCGAGUGUUGGGAUCAAACACGGCUCUCGGAGGCAUGGGGUCUGCGCCGACUGCUCGGGCAGGGGCAUGGCCGCGCUGCUGGACCACAACGGGGAGACGGGCGGGGACAUCUCCCCCGAGGAGGAGCUUUAUCCUGGGGACCGGUUUCACGACGACCAGGCGGAGUGCGAUGGGGACGGGGAGGAGGAGAUGAUGGUGGAAGGGGACAGUGAGAUUUUGGGAGAAGGGGAGGAAGAGGCGGGGAAGUGGAAGGACUCAGGGAUGGCCGCCGAGGCGCACAGAGCACUGGACAAUGAGAAGGAGGAGAGCGACUCCUCGGCUCAGGAGGGGGAGCAGCAGAAUGGGAGUGAGAAGGACUUUGCUUGGAUCUCGUAGAACCCGUCAAGCCUCCUGCUUGUGGCUCGUCAACCAAUCUCUGGAGAUCUCCUCUGAUCUCUCAGGCAGAUUCCUCUGCUCACUUUACCCACUCGCCCACCCACUGUGGGCAGGCCUUCCUUUGUACGGAGAUGCUGUAGGGUGAUGCACGACAAUGAUCGAAACACUCAAACACUCCACACACACACACACACAUGCACGCACGCAUACACACUUUCUCAAGCUUGACCGCCAUAGAAGAAGAGUAAUCAAGAGAUGGCUUGAGUGCAAGGCUUUUUUCCGCUUACCUCCUCCACUUCAGAUGCAGUGUUUUUGUGUUUCUUCUUCUUCUCGAGGGUUCAGGCUGGAGUCCAGCCGUUUUCUGCUCUGUCACAACAGGUAUCGGGCUGCCAAGGACGCAGCCGGCGCUAGACUGCAACUUUGUAUGUUUGCCAUCACAAUCAUUGCAGAAACCGAGGAUCACAGGCAGAGUAAGGGGAGGGGACAGCCAGGAAACGAGGGCGUCUCAAAGCGAGAGUCUAAAUCUAUUGCAAAGAUCAAGUGUCAGGGUUGGGGGACUGCGAUGCCCCAAGUGACACAUUUUCUUUUUUGAGUCCUACUGCCACAGACUUGCACUUUAAUAACAACUGACUCCUAUCAAAGUCCUGAACCCAUGGUUUACAUUUUUAAUCUGAUCUUUACUUACCUGAACAACUCGGUGACCGCACCUACCUUUAAGGAUGUACCUUAUGUCUUCUCUGACUGUUAUCGCCAGAUAGAAAUCACUGAAUCUUUGUGCAGAUUGCUGAUCAUAGAGCCUAUGCCUUUUCAGUGGGGUCCUUAAUCUUUUCUUCUGUUAAGUUCACCACCUGGUUUCUAUUGAUCCAUUCCAACAGAAGCUGGAGAUUUGUACAUAAAGAUGUAAAAGAAAGGGGAAAUGAAGGCUGUGUGAGACAGAGAGAGACAGAGAAUGAACUUUGCUUUUACAAAUUGGGGAGUUUAAAACAAAACGUUUCUGCUCUGACAGUCGAUGCGAGUGCACAGUGGACCUACCUUACACUAACAAACACUCUUUGUCUCUCUCGCUUGUCUCUCGUGCUGAAGUUUGUGAAGAUAGGACCUGUGAGCCAAGUCUCUCACACCUUUUUUUGUUUUUCUCUCUCCCUGGUUUUAUUCUGUUUUGUUUGAUUUCCUCUUUACUCAGACGUGUAAAUUCCAGUUUCUCCACACAGAAUAUGCAGACACUUUUCGUGGUUACUCUUUUGCGUGCUCCAGUUCCUCCUGCUUUGCGAGGUGUAAAGAUAAAGGAUUCAACGUUGUGCUUGAAAUUCAGAGAUUUCAGUAUUUGUAGAGAGUGUAAUAUUGAUUUGUUAUUUAUUGAGAACCAUUUUUUUCCCCUCUCUGUGUCUGCGUAUGUGUGUGUGUGUGCGCUUGUGUGUGUGUGUGCGCAUGUGUGUACGUUUGAAUGAAAGUCUGGCGUCUAGAAAGAGUCUACACUGAUUUUUAAGAUUAUUUCUGAAUUUUUUGGCAAAAGUUAUUGACAAUUCAAGUGAGGCUGAUAACAUGUCUUAUUAUUAUGAAUAACUAUGAUUAUUGUUGUUGUUGUUACUAUUAAUUAUUCUUAUUAAGUGCUGGAUGCUAAGCUUUACUGUGUGUUUCUCUUUUUUUUUGAUAUUUUAUAUCUUGUACAAAAAGAAAGCUUUUAUACUUUGCCUUGUGGAUAGCAAGCCAUGGGGCUUUUUAUCAACCUUUUAUUGUGUCGGUUUACGCUUUUUUUUGUCGUAUUUACUUCUUUAUUUUUAUUUUUUUUACUACUGAGGGGGAAAAACACACUCACUGUCCUGCUCCUAUGUUGAAUAUUGAUUGAAACAUUUUAUUCAGCUUAUGCUUUUUACACCACUAAUGUACACUAAUUGAUUAUUAUGGAACCAAAAAAGGAGAAAAAAAUAUACCAAUCUAGUACUUUAGUAUACAUGAAGUGCUUUUGUUUUGCGGUCUGUGUUUUAACGAGUGCUUUUUGCCUUUAUAGUCGUGGUAAACGGUUCGUUGUUGGGUUGUUUUUAUUUUAUUUUGUUUAGUUUUUUUUUUUUUUUUCCCCCACGAGCCUGUCGCUAUUCAUCACAAUCGGAUUAAAGAAGUAAAGAAGUGCACGUUUUUUUUUUUUUGUUGUUGUUUUUUUUAAUUAUUGUUGUUAUAAAUGAAGGGCUGCGUGAGAGGGAACAGCUAGUUUUUUGAAGACUCCAAGCAGAUUAGAUUUUUAUUUUAUAUCUUCACAGUUAAAGUGACACACAGUGAAGCAGUUUGCAGACUAAACACUCCUCUCUAACGCAGGUGUGUUGAGUCUGCAGUUUGGAUCUCAAUCUUAAAAAAAUAAAAAUAAAAAAAUGGAAAAGAAGUGCUGCAGCUGUAACAUGUCGCCUGUGAUAGUUGCACACAUCAGGCUCUCUGCUCUGCUGCCAGUGCCAUGGACUGUACUUCUCAUCAAAAAGAAGAAGAAGAAAAAAACCCUCAGCACAACUUGUGAUGCUUUCUUCAUUUCUAGCAGCUCAGCUAUUUAAUGUGUUUUUGAUCCAUUUAUCAAAUUGCUCUUUAUUUCUGGGGUUAAUAAAAAAAAAAGACAAUGGGGUAGACAUUUUGAUGAAUGUUAGUAAUGGGUGUGGAAGGAGCCCAUGAUCAGUGACAAAUCUCUGUCCUGCGGUGCUGUUAUGGCCACUGAGAGACAUCUGGAUGUAUGUUUGAUUCCCCCAGACCCUUCCCACCCCACACUUUACUCUCUUCUCACGACCUGUGCUGUAUGUCCUCUUCCUCAUUCCGGGUUGUACUUCAGGAAAACGUCCGCCAUCGACCCCUCAAUAUGUGCCUCAAUGACAUUUUCUUUCACCCGCGUGCUUGCGAGAUGAAUAUUUGUGUGUGUGGAUAGAGAUUAUGGAGAUGUGUUUUGUUUUUUGUUUUUCUCCUGAGAAGACAAAUCAUAACGGGGCAACUAGAUCCUCCCUCCUUUUCCUUGACCUUUCGUGCCCUGAUUCUGUGGUCUUAACUUGCAUGCCUGUGUUCAUUUUUGUCAUACCAAAGCGACAUCUUCAGCAUCUGCGCACGGCGGUCUCAUUCCACACAAUGCAAAACUGGAACUGUUUGCUCUUUUUGCAGAUGAAUAUGGGUAUUCUUUGACGUGUACAAACUGCAAUCCUCAUUCAGCCUGUAUAGCUUGACUCACACGUGAAAAUCAUGAAGCCAUAGAUAUGGGUAUAUCUAUAUUCUACUAUAUUUAAAAAAAAAAAAAACAAAACAAAAAAAAUUUGGCGCUUUUUACUUUAGAUUUUGUUCUUCUACUAAGAGUGAUGUGUGUAUACCUUCAUAUAUAUGAAUUUAUAUUACUAUUAUAUAUUAUUUAUUUACUCUUUCAAGUUUCAAAGGGUCUUUCAUUUGUAAAAGGUCACACUUGAAGCUUGAGGUUUGUUUAUUUUUGUUGGGAAUAUUUGUUCAAUAUGAUACUGACUUUAUAAUGAUUAUUAUCAUAAUCCUGUGUUUGUAACAAAAUGUGGUAAUCAGAAAAAAAAAAAAAAAGAAAAAACUGUCCUGUUUUUACUCCUGUUUUGUUUUUUGGGCAGACUUAAGUGCUCUUGUGCUGAUUUUUAUUUUUUAUUUUUUCUGUUUGUUUUUUUGGUUGAUAGUACUGAUCACAGAACAUUUUUACGGUCAACCAUAAGCCUUCUGUUUCGAUGUUGGGUCGAGCCCGCGAGUUGUCCAAGCCUCUUUCUAACUUCAUGUUUAGUGGAAGAAUUAGCUUGACUAUUAUUUGCAAAAUCCAAUCAGUCUCAAUAAAUUUUGAAAUUGCUGCUGUAAAGACAUGA